AUGGAACAUCUGAGACUGACCACGGAAUUGAGAUCGUCCUCCUUCGACGAGGAGGAUUUGUCGAUCAAUAAAGAAAGAAAGAGAGAAAUAUCAUUGUCAUCCAAUUUACAGACUGAGAAGUUGACACAUUUACGUUUAUUGGACGGAUCUGAUACCAUGUUGAACCAGAUAAAUAAAUUAUUGAAUAAAUCAAGGAAAAUUAUUGUCCUUACGGGAGCUGGAAUUUCAUGCAAUGCUGGGAUCCCAGAUUUUAGAUCCUCCAAGGGGCUUUACGAAUCCGUGAAGAAAGAAUUUCCCGAGGUAUCCAUUGGAUCAGGGAAGGAAAUGUUUGAUAUCUCUUUGUUUAGAGACGAAGUGAAAAUCUCUGUCUUUGCUACAUUUAUGGAAAAAUUAUACGCUAAUGUGAAAUUGGCACAACCUACCAAGACUCACAAAUUCAUUGCUCAUUUAAAAGAUAGAAAUAAGUUGUUACGUUGUUAUACUCAAAAUAUUGAUGGGUUAGAGGAAAAUCUGGGGUUGGAAGUUUCCAUGAAGAAUGAAACAAGUAAGGAUAAAUUAAAUUCAAAAUUUAAUUCAACGUGGAAAAAUUUCGAUGUAGUGCAAUUACAUGGUGAUUUAAAUACAUUGGCUUGCACCAGAUGUUUUCAUACUUUCCCCUGGAAUCGAUUUUGGGCAAGAUCUUUACGAAGAGGUGAACUACCCACAUGUCCCGAAUGUGAAAGGAAAGAUUUGAAAAGGUUACAAUUGGGGAAGAGACAAAUUGAUAAUAAUAUUGGGUUUUUAAGACCAAAUAUUGUAUUAUACGGAGAAAAUCAUCCUUCCGGUGAUUUAAUCUCACAAGGUUUAAGCUUAGAUAUAUUAAGAGGGAGACCUGACUUUUUCAUCAUUAUGGGGACCAGUUUGAAAGUGGAUGGUGUUAAAAAAGUAGUCAGACAAAUGAGUAAACAAGUACAUGAACGUGGAGGCAUUGUAAUAUUAAUCAAUAAGACAAGCGUUGGUGAUUCUUCAUGGAAUGGGGUCAUUGAUUAUCAAAUUUGGUCCGAUUGUGAUACUUGGGUGACUUAUCUAGAAGAUAUGAUACCUGAUUUCUUUAAAACUCAAAAGCAAAUUGAAAAAUUACGACAAUUGAAGAGGGAAAAUAGUGAAUUAAAGAAGAAAAAAUUAUCGUCAACGAUACAUACACCACCUACCACUCCGACAAAGAUCCACGAACUUACGUCAUCUAAUGAAAUAAAGAUUGAAGAACAUAAGAAUGAACUGAUGAGUCCGGAACAAUCUUCAGAUGAUGAAAAAAAAUCACCAAAGAAACGCUCAAGGAAAGUAAUACCGAAGGAAGGAAAGAUUGUUAAGGUUAAAAGAAAUUUAAAACAAAAAUUGAAUUCCAGCCCGAAACUUCUGAAAGCUGAAGCCAUUUGA